AUGAAGGGUGUUGCUAUAGCUUUAGUGAUGGCGGUGAUGGCCAUGUCGGUCUUGGUUAAACCGGGGCAGGCCACAGUCACUUGCCAACAAGUGGUGUCAUCUGUCGCUCCCUGCAUUCCAUAUCUCACCAGUGGCACUGGUAGCCCACCCACGGCGUGUUGCAAUGGGGUUUCGGGUCUGAACCAGCUCGCUUCAACCACCAAAGACAGGCGUGCAACCUGCCAAUGCCUCAAGGACACCGCAGAUCACUACCAAAACAUUAAGGAAGACGUCGCCGCUGGUCUCCCCACUGCGUGUAAAGUCCAAAUCAACGUUCCCAUUUCUAGGAGUGUCAAUUGCAACGAUGUGCAGUAAAAAUCAAGGCAACUACAGAUGGAAGUUAAAAUAAAGAGAGAAGCAUGGGGGAUGCUGCUAUCUUCUCAACGGCUACACCUAGCUUUCGGUUGAAUGUGGC